GCCACCCUCUCCCAUACCACCACAUCUCCCAAAGAAUUCCCCGUUCCAGGCAGCCGAGUUCGGUCCAAAGUCCAACCCCGCGACUGCAUACAAUUCCACUCGCCCAGUCCUCUCCCGCGACCGCCAUUUGACUCGCAGGGAGCCAACGCCGAAACCGCGCCAAUCUUUUGCCCCCAUUUUAGACGGGCGCUGACUGAGCCAAACCCAACCCAACCCAACCCCCCCGCCCGGCGCGGCCACCUCACAAGGGAGCAUCGGCACAGCCAACCGCAGCGCAGCGGCAGCCAAAAACCCACCGUUUCCAAUUCCUCGCCCGAUUUUGAACCGCUCUCCGCCCGACCGAACCUGUUCCACUCCGCCGAGCGGAAAAAAAAAACUUCUUCGCCGUCUCGAAGGAAAUUUAUUGGGAAGAAACCGUUGCGGGAGGCGGGCAAACUGAAGCGGCAGCGGCAGCGGCAGAGGCGAUGGAGCGGUACCAUCCCUCCGAGGUGUAUGAGCUCUUCGUGCGGCACAUGAACACCCCGAGGGUGGUGGUGGACAGCGGGGUGUGCGCGACGGCGACGCUGGUGCAGGUGCACAGCGCGCGGAAGCACGGGAUGCUGCUGGAGGCGGUGGCGGCGCUGUCGGAGCACGGGGUGUGCGUCCGCAAGGGGUACAUCUCGUCCGACGACGGGCGGUGGUUCAUGGACGUGUUCCACGUCACGGACGCCGCGGGGAGGAAGGUGGCCGACGCGGACGCGCUACUGGCGCGCCUCGAGUCGUCGCUGUCCGCGGAAGCAUUGCCGCGGGCGGCGGCGGGCGGCCCCGCCGCGGAGGGGCUCACCCUGCUCGAGCUCGUCGGCGCCGACCGCCCGGGCCUCCUUUCGGAGGUGUUCGCCGUGCUGCACGACCUCCGGUGUAACACCGUCGAGGCCAGGGCGUGGACGCACGGCGGCCGCGUCGCAGCGCUGGUGUUCGUCCGCGACGAGGAGACGGGCGCGCCGAUCGACGACGCGGCCCGGGUCAGGCGCAUCGAGUCCCGCCUCAGGCACGUCCUCCGCGGCGGCGCGCGCUGCGCGAGGACGGUCCUGGCUGAUCCGUCGGCGGCCGGAAACCUGGACCGGAGGCUCCACCAGCUGCUGAAAGAGGACGGGGAGGCCGACAGCCGCGGCGCCGCGCCGAUGACGGCGGUGGCGGUGCAGGAUUGGGGGGAGAGAGGGUACUCGGUGGUGACCGUGAGCUGCCGCGACAGGCCGAAGCUGCUCUUCGACGUGGUCUGCACCUUGACGGACUUGGAUUACGUGGUGUACCACGGCACGUUCGACACCGACGGCGAUCACGCGCAGCAGGAGUUCUACAUACGGCGUUCGGACGGGCGGCCAAUCAGCUCGGAGGCCGAGAGGCAGCAUGUGAUCCGAUGCUUGCAAGCGGCAAUCGAGAGGCGCGCAUCCGAGGGCGUGCGGCUCGAGCUCCGCAUCUCCGACCGCCGCGGGCUGCUCGCCUACGUGACGCGCGUGUUCCGGGAGAACGGCCUCUCGGUGACGCACGCCGAGAUCACGACAAGGGACGACAUGGCCAUGAACGUCUUCCACGUCACCGACGUGGCCGGCCGCCCCGCCGAUCCCAAGACGAUCGACGAGGUGAUACAGAGGAUCGGCACGGAGAGCCUCCGGGUGGACGAGGAGCGGUGGCCGCGCCUUUGCUCGGCGGAAGGCGACGCCGCCGGCCGCGGCGGCGGCGGCGGGCUGUUCUCGCUGGGGAGCCUCGUCAAGAAGAACCUCUUCAGCCUUGGCCUCAUAAGAUCCUGCUCGUGAGUACAGAUGACGUGUCCGAUCCGAUGGCAUGCUUGUGUAAAUAUGGGGGCGGUCCAUGGGUUAGUUUGUAAAUUGAGUAGAUUUUUUUAUGCUCUUUUUUUAGGAUUUAUUAGUUGUCACGUGUAUAUAGUAGAAAUGAAAAAGGCUGCUUGUCGGUAAUUAACAGCUUGGAGGUUUAAAGGGACGCGUUGGUGGGUCAUGCAUCUUUUACAUGGAAAUAGACAGAUAGAAGAUGAAUGUAAAUAGGGUUUGUACAUAAGUGCUACUUAAUGAUGUUUAACUAAAAGGAACUAUCAUGUUUGACCUGCAAAUGCAACUAGUGUCAAUUCUCA